AUGAGAUGCUUUGAAGAUUCAGAUCAUGACAUGAUUGACUCGUAUUGGCUUGGUGCUGUGUCCAUGAUACAAGUAGCUUGGUAUUUCAAAAAGCAACAACAAUUGCAAAAGUUACAAUUAGUACGAGGUGAUUUAACGCCUGAACAAUGUUUGGAAAUUGCCAAAUUACAGUUUAUUAUGAUUAGCGAAGAAAGAGGAGAAUUUUCUCAAUAUGAAGAUAUUGUUGACUCUGACUCACUAGUUUCAGGAUACGUUUCUAAAAUGGAUAUCGAAACACUACAAAACGAAACAACCAUGGAGGAAGUGAAAGAGAAUUUUGUAAGACGCAUUUCACACUUGAUCAUCACUACUGAAAAGUUUGAGAAAAUGAAACGCAAAAUGCCAACGUUAUCAAGUUAUGAAUUAUUCAUGUUUAGAGCUCAAAUCUGUUGUUUGGAUAUGAUGAACGAUCUUUAUCUGAAAAGAGGCUCAACGCAGGUUGAGAGCUGUGGAGAACAAUUUUAUGUACAUGAAUAUAACAAAGGAUCAUCCAAUUGGAAGUCAUUCUUUCCGUUUCAUUCAUCCAAAAUCUUGAAAAAAUUGCAUCCAGUUGAGCAUUUGAAUAAUUAUCUUGCUGUCACAAUAACUCUUCGCAAUUAUAUUCAUUUCGGAAGCACUCAAUUUUCUCAACACUUACAAUUUGUUGAAAUUGAACUCUCUUUGAAAAGUGUGGAUGAGAUUGAAAAUUUGCUCAAAAUUUUUUGGAGCAUUCAAUCUUUCCAAAUGUCAAGUAUUUAA